AAGAGUGUGUGAAUGCAGUUUUUGACACAAUGUGCCCUGAGAAAGCUCCGAUUCUAAACAGUCUCAGUCUGAGUGCUAGGACAGUCAGUACGAGGAUCGAGGAAUUGUCAAAAAAUCUGUCUGACCAGUUGCACUCAGCAGCCUCUCAGUUCAAAGUGUUUUCCUUGGCACUUGACGAGAGCACGGACAUUUCAGAUACUGCUCAGCUGGCCAUUUUUGUGCGAGGUGUUGAUGAUGAGUUCAAUAUAACUGAGAACUUCUUUGCUCUGUGCCCCAUGAAAGACACUUGUACUGGAAAGGACGUUUUUCAGGAGUGUGAUUCAGCAAUGAAGAAAGCGAAUCUGAAUUAUGAAAAACUCGUUGGAAUUGCCACAGAUGGUGCACCUGCAAUGGUCGGGGAGGCAGAAAAGGAUUUCAAGCAUGUUUAA